GCCAGAGACCGACAGCAGCUCCUUCCUCCUCCUCCUCAUCUUCAUCUUCAUCUUCAUCUUCGUCAUCCUGAAGAGCCAUGAUCGACCAACGCUUCGUGCUGAGCGCUCGCGUGCUGGGCAGCGUCCACAGAGACUCUCCAAAACUCAAGAUGUUCAUGGUUUCUGUGCUGUGGUCGGAUGAAGCCGAGGUGAUCAUCUACAGGUCUUUCAAGGAUUUCAAGACCUUUCAUGCAGAUCUGAAGAAGAGGUUCCCCAACCUGAAUCCCUUCAAGAAGAACGACAGAAUGAUCCCAAAGUUCAGAGGGAAAGCCAGGAAGAGCAGCAUGCCGCAGAAAGGCUCCAGGAAGUCGGUCAACAGGAUGAAGUUCCUGGAGAGCUACUGCGAGAAGCUCAUGAAGUGCGCCCCCGAUGUGACCCAGAGCUUGGAGGUGUCGCGCUUCUUCAACGCCAAGGACCACGACGUGCAGUCGGACUUCACCAGGAACAGCGUGGUGAUCCUGCUGUCCGAGGAGCUGUCCGGCGGGGCAGGGGGCGGAUCCUCCACCCUGCAGCCCGCCAGCACCGUCACCCACCCGUUCGUCACGCAGACCUACCGCUCCGUGGCGCCCUACGAGACCAAGGACACCAAGAACCGCCCGUUCAAGGUCGCCCUGGACGAGAAGCUGGACGUUCUGAUCAAAGACCCCACCGGCUGGUGGCUGGUGGAGAAGGAGGACAAGCGCCUGGCCUGGUUCCCGGCGCCGUACCUGGAACUGUGGGAGGGAGAGGAGGACGAUGACGACGACGACAUGUUCCUGAGCGGAGGCACCCUCUACUGUGCCGUGAGAAGCUACUCCACCACGAAGGCGGACGAGGUGUCCGUGCCCAUGGGCGGCGUGGUCGAAGUCCUGAGGAAGUCUGACAAUGGCUGGUGGCUCAUCAGGUUUAAUAGCAAGGCAGGUUUCAUUCCUUCGAUGUACCUGCAGCCGUACAACAACCCGCGGGCCGGCGUCUACAGCGUGAAGCGGACGCUGCACAGCUCCGCCCUCAACCUGGCUUCCGGCAGGAACUCUCAGGCGUCGUACUCGCCCGGCGUCCGAGGGGAAACCGGGCCGGACGACGUCUUCCCGUCGCCGUCCAGAUACCAGCCCGGCGCCGUGUCGCACCUCCACAAGGCCCGGUCCCUGGAGGUCCUGUCCGAGCCCUGGAAGCAGCCGGGCGAGCGGCGGGACGCCCCGGCGCCGGAGGCCGACUCGCGGCGGAUGAGCAGCACCAGCGCCGAGACCAGCUUCUCCGACUUCUCCCUGAGCAGCGACGACUCCACGGGCCAGCGGCGAGAGGCGCAGAGCUCCGGCGCCCAGACCGCCGCCGCCACGCCCAGGGUGCCUCCCAGACCCAAGACCGAGGAGAUCCUGACCCGCUGCACCACCCUGACCCGCAAAGCGGCGCUGGCCACCAAGGCCAGGCUCCAGCUGCCGUCUGACGGCGUCCACGCCCGCUGAAGCGGCUCAGGAGUUCAGAAUCAGACUCUGGUUUCUAGAAGUACUUCAGCUCCAACACGUUUAGUCUCCGUCUGGUUUUUAUUCUUUUUUUAAAUAAAUUAUUCUCUUGAUUAAAGAUAGAAGCGACGGUAGUGUGGAUGAGACUUAAUGUCCGCUGAAUACAGGAAAAAAAAACGACGCCUCAAUGUUGAAUUGUCGAUCAAAUGUAGCGCCGCGUCUUCACUUUUCACCCAUGUUGAGAUUAUUGUAGCUUCAGUGAAGCAUUUUAAAGAGAAAUGGGCGAAGCUAAAGCGUUCACGUUCCUCUCAGCCUCCGGUCGAAGUCCUCGGUUCUACUGCACUGUAUUGUUUCAACUUUUUACAUGAAUGCAUUAAUAUUGUCUUGGCUUUCAACGUUAGGAAGGCAUUGAACACUCGCACCUUUAGAGUUUGCUAGUGUGUAUUUUUCUUUUUUUUUACCGCUGGAUGUCUUCCCUCUUCCCUCCACAGCCAGGAUUCAAAGCUCAGAACUCAGGGUUGAGGCACCGACUCGCCACGCUUCUCACACAUGUGCGAUUAGUCAGCCUGUAAAGCAAUUGACCUUGUGGCCCUUGGAAAACCGCCUUUGUGACGCAAGUAGGAGCAGCAACAACAACAACAAUGCAGAGCCUUUAGUGCUCGGCCUCAGGGCCAUUAAACAGGCGUUUAAUUAGCUGCUGAUGUGGGGCACGAAGCCUUCCGGGUGUGGGAAAUGAGAGGAGCUUCGUGCAGGUAUCCUUCCUAAACCUGGCUCUUUUUUUUUUUUAAAUGGUUUGUUUUUGUAAUCUGUUGUUUGUGUCUUGUAUCCUGUAAAUGUUCAUAUAUUUCCACAAGAUAUCUGAAGGUCAA